UUUUCAAAACGCUGCGCUGGCUGGCGCCUCCGCUGAGAUCCGAAGAAGCCUCGAGAAUUGCGAUACCCUUAAAAAUUUUCAGAUAACCCCUCCCUAUCCUCUCUAAUUUCUUUUCGUUCCUCAUUUCUCUUCGAUCGGCGAUGGCGACGCGGAGGCGGACGCUGCUCAAAGUCAUCGUUCUCGGCGACAGCGGAGUGGGCAAAACGUCGCUGAUGAAUCAAUAUGUGCACAAUAAAUUCAGUCAACAAUACAAAGCUACCAUUGGCGCUGAUUUUGUCACCAAAGAACUACAGAUUGACGAUAGGCUUGUGACUUUGCAGAUCUGGGAUACAGCAGGCCAAGAAAGGUUUCAGAGUCUUGGUGUUGCAUUCUACAGAGGAGCAGAUUGCUGUGUGCUCGUAUACGAUGUUAACCAUCUCAAGUCUUUUGAGACUCUUGACAACUGGCAUGAUGAGUUUCUUAAACAGGCUAAUCCAUCAAAUCCAAGUACGUUUCCAUUCAUUCUGCUUGGGAACAAGGUUGAUGUAGAUGGUGGCAAUAGCAGAGUGGUUUCUGAGAAAAAAGCAAAAGAGUGGUGUGCUUCCCGGGGCAACAUGCCUUAUUUUGAAACUUCAGCAAAAGAGGAUUACAAUGUUGAUGUGGCCUUCCAGUGUGUUGCAAAACUUGCACUGGAGAAUGACCAAGAUCAAGAUUUAUAUUUCCGGAGCAUUCCGGAACCCACUCCUGAACCAGAGCAGUCAAGAGGAGGAUGUGCCUGUUAGCACAAGCUACUGAAGCUAAUCAUACUGUAUGCCAUGCCUUUGUUGUUCAUCUGUUAAUUGAUCAUGAUAAUUGUUUCUUUUUUAAUCCAUUCAUGAUCUUUGUCAUUUUGUCACCAAUGUUCCUCCAUGUACACUAACGUUCUUGUAUUGAGAUUGACAGAUUGUGAUCUGGACAUUCUGUGCCUGUUGUAAUAUAGCCUCCUAGUUUUGUUGGAGGCGACUGGUUCUUGUGUUGCAGCUAAUCCUCUUGUUUUUUUUUU